AUGGCUCGCUUCUCCUCUCUGCAUAGCGUGCUCGCCGCGGCCGCCACGCUGCUGCUGCUGGCACUCUGCGUGGUGAGCGUCGAGGCCAGCUACUGGUCGGAGGAAGUGAACCGCGUGCGCACGUACGCGGCGGUCAACUACCUGGAGCGCAUUGCAAAGCAGCCGAACGUGUCCGCGCUGCCUUCUGGGCUCCUCUUCACGAUCGAGCGUCGCGGCUUCGGCGACCGUGCCCCGGCGGCGGAGGACAAGUGUGAGAUGCAUUAUACAAUUCACUACCGCUUUCCCGGCAUUGUGGAGAACACGCGCCACCACCCCUACCCGGUGCGGCGCUCGCCGUCGCAGCUGAUCCCUGGCAUGGCUGAGGCGAUGCAGCUGAUGCGCGAAGGCGACCGGUGGUACCUCCACGUGCCCUACCAGCUCGGCUACGGGAAGGAGGGCUGCAAGGAGAAGAAGGUGCCGAGUUUGUCGAACCUGCGCGUGGAGAUGGAGCUGUACAAGUGCGAGUCGGCGAGUGGUAAGACGAGCGCCGAAAUCGACGCGUAUCUCGCCAAGUACAUGAAGACACGGAUACCGGAAAAGGCGGCGCCGGUCGAUUACACGGAUUUGUAG